AUGCUUGAUCACAAACGUACGGCUACCGAUAUUGAUGAAUUCACUGCCGAUGCCCUGUCACAGAUGUUCAACGAGCUGGACUCCAGCGGCCAGGGUCAAUACAAAAUGGAGAUCGAGCCAGAGAUUAUAGAACGCGCAUCUAAAUAUUAUACCACAAUGGCAGCUAUAUGGGUGGAAGAUUGUAACUUGGUGGAUUACGUUAGCAUAGUUGAGGAACGUAAAGACUGUGACCGUUGGCUUCACAAAACAACUAAAGUACAUCUCAUGGAUACACUGUAUUCUGUUCUGAUUAAAUCGAGAGAAAAGGAGCUCUUAAACAAGCUUAAGGAGUUUGGAUCAGUGGUUGAUGAGGGUAACGAAGCGGGCUGUGUACAAAGUUAUGGGAGCAAAAUCAACUCACUUGAGGAUAUCCUAGCAUCCUGGCUCCAUUAUCAAGGCCUUCUAGAACGCUGCUUUUCGUAUAAAUCGCAAAAUGCCACAAUAGAGAAUGGAGAAUCGGAUGGCAUGGAUCAGUCGUCCACGGGGCUAAGCGCCGUGUCGGAUAACUGCUCAUCUUUGGUUGAUCGCUACGAGAUAGACCCCCAAAUCACCCAAGCGACUCGUUUAGGAUUCAAGUAUGUGAUAUCCCACCACGUCGAUUUUGUCAAAAAGCUCGUUGAUCAUUGGGAUAAUGUGCUAGUGUCGGGGAUCGACGUCGAUAAACGCUUGAGACAGUGUUGUGAUCUGUUGGAGCUUUCGGAAGAGAAUACGUGUUUCUCUCAGUGUUAUAAAUAUAAACUAGCAGCAAGACUACUGUAUGAGACAAGUUCUUUGCAGAAAGAGCAACUUUCUCUUUCUAUGCUAGAACCUUGUAUACCGUCGGAAGAAGCGGCGCAACUUCGUCGUAUGAUCAAGGAGGCGACCGAGGCUCGAUCAACCAAGGCCCACGACAAAAUCAAACUUAUAUCAAAGGCCAAUUGGCCUUCUUUAAGAGAAUUGGAAUUGGACAGCAGGAAAUUGAUAUGUGACCUUGUACAGGCUUCUGCAGUCUUACUUUUCACAGAAGACUCGAUGCCUGUAGAUGACCUUGCCAGUGGCCUGGGCGUUAACAAGGAUGCUGCGAUAUCUAUUAUAAAACCACUGGUGGAUAAGGGUGUCUUGCGUUUGGCGGUAUGUGAUCGACAUAAGAUGGUUACUGGUUGCAGGGUGAUGACACAGUGGAACUGA